GAAGAUGGAAGAAGAUGAGGUCGCGGAGAGUUGGGAAGAAGCGGCCGAUAGUGGGGAAAUAGAGCGACGGCUGGAAAAGAAGCUGAAGAUCUCUCAGAGGGAAAACAACAACACGAAAUCUCCUCCCAGAGCCCCCGUGGUGAUCCAGGACGACUCCCUUCCGUCGGGCCCCCCUCCUCAGAUCCGAAUCCUGAAAAGACCAACGUCUAACGGCUUGGCUAGUAGCCCCCAUGCCUGCAGCCGGCCCGCUGCUCCCGUGAAGUCGUUGGCUCAGAGAGAGGCUGAAUACGCAGAAGCCAGAAAGCGCAUCUUGGGCAGCGCCAGCCCCGAGGAAGAGCAGGAGAAGCCGGUGGCGGAAAGGCCGGCGCGGAUCAAUCAGGUGGAAGAGAUCAGGCAGCAGAACAAUGUGAUCCGGCAGCCGCUGGGUCCCGACGGUUCUCAAGGCUUCAGACAGGGCAGAUAAACAUGGAGGAGCGAAGCCACACUGGGUGGCACUGCCCUGUCACAACAAUGGACCUGAGCAGAGGGAAAGACUUGGUUUUCUUGCACUUUGAUGCCCUUUUUGCUCCGCCCACUGUGACCUUAAAACCUGUGCACUGUGACCCCCUCCUGCCACCCCUAUAGCUCUGACCACUGUGAUUGGCUCUUCACCUCAGGCUACCCAAUUCCACCAUGGGCAAGCAUGACUGAGCAUGUGCCAGAUGGGGGCGGGGUUUUCUAAUGAGACCACCCCAAGUGUAGAGGAAGCAAAGGGGGUGCCACGUGCCUCUGACUGCCACUCUUGUUGAAGUCUCCGCCAGCAAUAAUGUUCAUAACCUUUAAUUCUGUCUCUGCGGAAGGGAGUGGCUGCCCCAGCCUUCAGUACAUCGAGGUUUUGUGUAGGAAUGCUUGCGGAGCCUUGGAACUGUGCGGGGGGGGCCCACAUGGAGCGCGCAUGGGAAGACUCAUUUUAAUUGACAGAAUUGUUUUAACAGAUUCUAGUGAUGUAAAGGGCAAGCGGGAGGUUUUAUUGCCCAUGGAUUGACGGGCAGAGCCCAGAAGCACAGACCCCCCUCCAGUACUGGGGUACGGUGGCUGCAGUGGAUAAUUCUGGUGCUUGGCCAGUGGGGGGUGUUCAGGUUGGGGCAUUGAGCUUGUUAGAUUAACCCCUUGUGUGCAAGAGGGGGGGAGAUGCAUGUGCUGCUGUUGAGCAUGGCUUUGGAAUCAGGAUGGCUGAGCAGCUCAGGAACUGCCCCCAGUGAUGGGGGAGAGGUAUUUCUGCUGGUCUGUACUGGUAUUGACUGGGCACAAGACUGGCAGCUCAUGGCCUGGGCUGUCCCCAGAGUACAAAGAAGUGUAAUGUGGAGAUGCCGGGCAUUGUUGUGCCCCAGUGCUGGACGUUGCUGAUCCUGCUGCAGUUUCAGUAAUGGGGAGGGAGGGGUUUGCUGCUUGCACCAUUUAGUGCCAGUGUUUAGUAGUCGGCUGCACUUGAUUGGCAUCACUCAGAGCCAUACGGGAACUGCUGCCUAAUAAACCCUUAACUGUCUGGGGCUCCGAACCUUGGGAACAAACUGCUGAAUAGACAAAAUGUCCCUUUUGCGUGACAUGUCACAUGGUUGUACAGUAAAAUAAACACAGUAUUUUCCUCA